UAUAUAAACAAAGAAGCGAAAAAACGUCAAAAAACGAAUCGGGACGAAGUGGCCAAGCAGCAACGGGCUUAAAUUAUUGUUCAUAGUUUACGAAAUAGCUCACAAACGUUUUUAAUUUGUCUAUUGUUCCAUAAUGGAAGAAACGGACGUUCAUAUCGACGUAAGCGGUAAUAUGGAACCGCCCAAACAGGAGCCCAAAACUGGCUUUAACAUGUCCUCGUUUGCCAGCUUUGCCCGCAUUCCUAAUAUGUGGGAUUUGCUGCGGCUCACCCGACAGAACGUCCGGCCUUGGUCGGAGUUUUUGCAGACAUCGAACUUCAAAACCGUCGCAAAUGUACCACGUCUCACUAAUCGAAUCAUCCGGAAUUUGGGCUACUUCCAGAGCAAUUAUUUGUUCGUUUUUCUUGGUUUGAUCGUCUAUUGCCUGUUGACGUCACCACUGAUCCUGAUCGUUCUUGGCGGAGUGUUUUAUGCGUGCUACAAAAUAAAACAAGCCAACGCACCAGUAGCUUUCUUUUCCCGACAACUGAACACCAAUCAGCAGUGUAUAGCGGUCAAUAUUGCUUCCGUUCCGUUACUAUACCUCGCGGGAGCUGGUGCCGUGAUGUUUUGGGUUCUGGGAGCUUCAUUCUUUGUGAUAUCGUUACAUGCGGCCUUCUACAAUAUCGACGCGAUCGUAACGGAGGACACAGAAUCGUUCCUGACAGAAACGGUUUAAACGAAGUGCAGAGGAACAACUAACAAGCGUCAAUUGAUAUUCUAAAACGAAAUUAGGUAGUCUAAAAACGCUGCAGUCAAUAUAUAUACCCUUCGAACACUAUUGGAAUGUUGUUCAACAUUACAAUCUCUUAACAAUAUUUGUUGGAAGCACACCAUAUUAUCAUUUUUUUGCACAUUAAUCCAACCAAAUUAAGCCAUGCUGUUCAAUAUACGAUGUUUAUCAUCACUUUUGUUUGGAGCAAAAACUGUAUGAUAAUAAAAAGAUAAGCAUAUCACAGCACUUA